AUGACCACAAUGGGCUUUUUGGUUUUUCUUCUUUUUUUCUUUGUCUGCUUCAGUGCAGAAACCAGUCCAAGUGUCUAUUCUAUACUUCCGCCUCAAUACUCUCUAUUUUUCGGUGAAUCCGCUGGUUUAGAAAUCAAAAUGACUGAAUCAUUUUUAUCAGGAGACCAAAUUCAACAAAAAUUCGGCAUCUCUCUUUGGGUUAAACUACCUGAAGUGGCAAGUGGGCCAAUAUUUACAAUCCGUCUACCUAAAGCUGAAGAAAAUACAAUGACAAGAGGUGGAAUUUUUGUUAGUCUUUCCUAUUUAUUUCAUGUUUUAAAACUGGAAUGGCUUAGUGCUGAUAGUUAUGGUUUUUCACUAUUAACUUUACCUUAUGUAUGUUUUAUUUAUUUAUUUAGUUAGUUAGUUUUAUACGGCCAUACGUGGGCGAACCAGCGGACCACGACACCUCAGCUCGAAAGACGACUCCAGGUCGGGUUCUGAUGCGACCAUACUCCCAGGCCCGACGCCAUCAUGAUUUCUGGUCUGAACCACCUGUCCAGAGGAUCAGCUCCUCUGGGCAGAACCACUCUUGAGUGAGUGCCCCGAUGGUCCCGAUGAAAGAAGACCAUGCGGUAGGCAAAACCUGUCUAGUCCAUCUGGCAGGGACAGGAAAACCUUCGGGGAAGAAAUAAAACUUCCUUUUCGGUACGGCUUCCCCACCUCUCAAGGCCUACUUAAGACAGGGAACGAGGCCCUAUAUUUCAGCUUCAUCAGAAAUGGGUCCGACCAGUUCCAUAGGAGGUGCGCCUCGGAGUCCUGCUUCCGUCAACGUCACCAUUUUAUUUUUUGUUUUAUUUAGGAAUCUUCUGAAAAUUGAAUAUUUAUAGGAAUAUCAGCUGGCUUUGAAAAUAAGUCCUGCCUUUUUUACUACAAUAAUUUAGGCUCAGAAUUUUAUACAUCAGGAUUUUUCUAUGUAGAAAUUUCAAUAUACUUCGUGAGCAGCUAUGGCUAGAACUUUUAAUUUAAAAACAAAAUGGCAAGUUUAUCAUUAUGAGCUUGAUGAGUAAAUUCAUUUUUUCUGUUUCGUCUAAAUUGAAAUUUGAAGUGGGAGGAGUCAGUGUCGAUCUAUAAGCGUUAUCACUCUAUACCAGUAAACUCAUUUUUAAUAUUGGGAAAAAAUAUGUAUAUAUGAGGAAGAAUUGGCGAUUUUAGGAUCCAUAAUAAUAUUUACAAUGAAGUUUCUGACUGAAAGCUGCAAUAUUCCUCAUCUUGUGCAGCAGUUAGUUGUACAAGUUUAUUCCCAAGCAUAGAUUAUGGAAAAUGUGAUCAAUGGUGCGCUUCAGAAGCGGAAAGAUUUUUUCCUUUGUUUGAGCCUGUUUUGUAUUCAAAUACUCCCUAUUUGACAAUAGAUGAUAAAUUUUAUACUUUUGAUACCGCUUCUUGGAUUUAUUAUGAUAUAAGCCCAUCAUUAUGAAAAAUAUUUCUUAAUAUAAAUUAAAAAAUACGUUUCCUCCUGUAGCUGGGCUCUUAUACAUAUCCAGACUUUUUUUGAUGCAAAGGAUGGAUUAGCCUCGAGGCGAGAAGUCUAGUGCUAUUUCUGCAGUGGCCUGGUCGGAAGUUUUUUUUUGCUAGCAGCCCCAAGCCUGGGGGUAUACGAUAGAAUCAGGGCUACUUGUCUGUCAGGCUGCUUGGAGACUACCCCGAGUGGUAUAAGCUGCUGAGUUUUUUCUUUUUGAGCUAAUCAAGGUGAAAAUGGAAGGCAUGCUUACAAAAAUCUCAAGGGCAAAAGUCUCUCCACUUGAAAAGGGUCCCAAGUAAGGUGCAAUCUGGGCCUAAACUAAUCAGGGUUGAGCAAUACUGGCACUUUUGGGUUAGAAAUAGAGGUUCGUAUUUUUGCAGAUAGAUUGGCUACCGAGAAACUGGGGGUUUCUUCCUGGACUAAAGUUGCCCUGAGGAAGUCCACAUAAUAGCUAGCGUUUUUGCUCAGAAAGUGAGGACUGCAAGCAGCAUCAUUAAUCUAAUCUUAUUAUGAAACGAUUUUUCAAUUACAGGAUGGUUUCAAUUUGAGCCAUGUCCAUUGGGAGGUUUUACAUUCUUAAUGAUAUAUAGCAAAAAAUUAUUUAAGGUCUAUAUUGAGUUAGCUCUAAGCUCAUCUUCUUCUGACUGUGAUAAGCUGGAAGCAACAAUAUAUAGCACUGAUGGCACUAAUCAUGCAUAUGACUCAGUAUCAAUAACUAGUUCAAGCUAUAUUGGAAACUGGUUCUUUUUUGCUAUCACUCUUAACUCUGGCUCUAAAUUAUUGACCCUUUAUAGCCAAAACGGCAUUAAUCCACCGUCAUCACUUUUUCCGCUAAUUUCAUCAUCUGUUACUUACACUUAUGCGGCUUUACCAUUUGAUAGUACUGAUAUGGAUAUAUAUAUCGGUGGUUUUAACGAUACAAUUUCUCCUGGAGACUAUGCAGAUUUUCGAUUUUAUCCAAGCAAUUUUAUAGAUGCAACUUUACUGCAGUAUAAUAACAAUAUAUAUAGCGCAGCUAUUUAUCUUGAUCCACACUGCUUAUUGUGGGCAUCAAUAUGGUACUGUGAUAUGUGCGAAAUUGGGUAUUUUCUUAAAAAUGGAAUUUGCCAAAGUAAUUAAUAAAUAGAAUGCCAUUAUUCAUGCGCAGCAUGCAGCUCUGGUGAUACAGAAUCUAAUUGUUUAAGCUGUGCAAAUGGAUAUUUUGCUCAGCCUGGCAACCCCUCUAUGUGCUUUGAUUAUUGUCCAUUAGGCUAUGCAUGAGAUUACUCUCUUAAUCAGUGCAAAGGCACCCCAGGAAGCAUUGGGAGCUUAAAUUUUGAUGAUAAAUUAUUAGAAAAUUUUGAUAUUUCUGCUUUAAAUGCAAAAUUUGGUAAUUAUAUAGAUUAUUACCCAGAUUUUGAUUAUAUAGAUCCUUAUCCUGCUAAUAAAAGAGGAAUUUACUUCAAGGAAUUUUCAUAUAUAGCAAUAGAUAAAACUUACCAAUCUGGCAUAUUUAGUUCUGAUUUUACAAUAGAAGUAUGGGCCUUAUCAUUUUCUUCAGAAGGUAUACUUUUCACAGCAUUAAAAUUUGGUGCAGUUCAUAGCUUUUACGAUAAUACUGUUCAAAAAAAUUUUUAUCUUAUUGAAUUUUUACGAAUUUUUAUAGAAAAAAGAGCUCUUAAAUUUUCAAUUACAAAUAAAGAAAAUAGCUCACUUCCCUCCAUGAGCGAACAAAAAACAUUUUUUUUUUAAAAUUUUAUAAAUUUUAUCAAAAAUUAUAUUUCAAAAUUUAAAAAAAUCCGUAUUCUAAAUAAUUUUAAAUCAAAUAUUAAUUUAAUUUGUAAAAUUUAUUAUGUUUUUUAAAAUGCAGCUGCUUAAAUUAAACAGAAUUAGCUAGAAUUUUCAUGAUAAUAAUUAUCACUUAUGCAUCAAAAUAUUUUUUAAAAAAAAUUUUUGUUUGCUCACACAAGGGCAGAGUUACAAGAACUAGUUUUACCAUCUGCAAAUGCAAAUACAAGAGAAUGGGAACUUUUAUCUUUUUCUUUGUCUUUUGAUCAUUUAUCUAAAACAAGCAAAGUUAUAAUUUCAAGAAAUAGAAAUUACUACCAAGAAAUUAUCACAAGCUAUUAUAAAGAAGUAGUUAACAUGACUUACCAUAUUGGUAAUGAUAUCCAAGGAGGCUGUGGGUUUAUUGGAUAUAUGUACAGUUUUUCUAUGUAUAACUAUGGAAAAAGCUAUAGUGAAAUCAUAGCAGGUUUAGGCACUUGCACUUCUUGUUCUGCUUGUCCAGGAGUCUUAAAUUCUUGCUUGCCAACUUGUGGUCAAGAUGAGUAUGUAGAUGAGAAUGGAAACUGUCAAAAAUGUCUAAGUAAAUGCUCAUGAACAUGCUCCAGAGCUGAUACUUGCAAUCUUUGCUACGAUGAUUUAUGCUAUAAAUGCACUACAUAUGAAAUCGGGGCUUGCAUACAGUGCAUUGCUAAUGCCAUUUUAAUAGAUGGAAAAUGCAAAUGCCAGGGCGGAUAUAUUAAACAGGAUAAUGAGUGCGUAAAUAAAUGUGGAGAUGGAUUUUAUCUCGAUUUUAAUGCUCAAAAAUGCCUCAGCUGCUCUAACAAUUGCCUUAGAUGCAAUGAUGGAGAUUCCUGCAUUGUAUGCAAAAGCAGUUUUACAAAUAAUAAAGGAAAAUGUGCCUGCAUGAAUGGGUAUUUUUUUGAUUCUUCAAAUAAAUGCUUAAAAUGUGACAGCUCAUGCAUGACUUGUUCAGGUAUUUCUUCAAACUGUACUUCUUGCGUUCCAAGCUUGCCUAUUCUCUAUGGCUCAAAUAAAUGCUAUCCUUGUGAUUCGUUUGAAGGCUAUUCUAAUUAUUUUGCAAUUCCGGUCUCAUAUUUUUCUGAAGAUUUAUUGUCUCAAUUAGCUUAUAAUUGUAUUGAAAUUUGUGGAGAUGGAAGAAAUAUGGGGCAAGCUCAAUGCGAUGAUGUAAAUAAUGCUAAUGGAGAUGGCUGCUCAUCUAGCUGUGCAGUAGAAACUGGAUGGUCUUGCUUUGGAGGAAGCUCAAACUCUCCUGAUGUAUGUAAGGAUAUAACCCCUCCUUUACCAAUUCUUAUGUAUCUAAACUUGCUUUCAAUUAAUAAUGAAAUUUUUGUUUUAUUGACAAAAAAAAUAAUUAAAAAAAUUUAAAUUAAUUUUAUUUUGCAUAAUUAUAAAAACUCUAGGUUUUUAAAAAUGAAAAAUGUAAGGCUUGGUUCUUAUUAAUUGAGGCUGAGUAAGUGAAGAGAGUAAAUGCUACCUUCUUUCUUUAUUAUUCAGCGAGCCUGUAGUUUUUACUUCUGAAAUCUCGAAAAAUAUUGAUAUAGAAAUCGAAAGUAUAUUAAAAUUCAGCUGGUCGAUAACUGAAAAAAAUUCUUUAUUUAUCAUCACUUUAAGUAUGCAUGAAAGUGUGUCUGCAGGAACUAGUGUAAAAGUUAUAUUUAAAAAUCCAAGCUCGAUAGCUGAUUUCAAUGGAAAUGAAAUGAAAGAGAGCUCACUCCCCAACGUGAGCAAAUUAAGCCAGUGGAAAAUGCCUAUUUUUCGGUAAAAACCACUAACAAGACAUUUUAAUAUAAAAAUUUUUCUGAAAAAAUAUUUGAUAUAUAAGUGAUAAUUAAUAUAAUGAAAUCCUACACUAAUUUUGUUGAAUUUUAAAAUGCUUGAUUUUAAAUCAUAAAUUUACAAAUUAAAUUAAUUUUUGCUUUCCAAUUUACUAAAAUUUUAUAUAUAUAAAAAAGCGAAUAAAAUUUUUUUUGUUCGCUCACGAACUGGGGGAUUUAGUGUCUACAAAUUUGCUUGAAUCUUUUGCAUAUACAACUGGUCAAGCAAUCAAAUCUUCAGUUAUAACCAGAAUUAUUAAAAUGACGUGAUCUGAUGUGGACUCCUGGUGACCUGUGAGUUGAUCCAGGCCCAGGAAAGGCGAGCCACAUGGCGAAGUUCUCCGGGGUGGGUUUUUGACCUGGGGCUGACCCUUGUCUUUUUUCCUUACCUGCAAGAUGACCCUACUGGCGCAAAAUCCCGAUACCUCUCCAUGGGAGCAUUAUUGAGCCUGUGAUAUGGUUCUGACAGGCCAUGGAGAAGGCAGAAGGCGUUUCCCCUAUACUCUGAGCCCUGUCAGAGGUUAAAGGAGUUUUCUGCUGAGAUUCGGAGACCCCGACCGGGUGGGGUGGCUUCCCCGAAGACCUUCGACGUCACCAUUUUUUGGUGACGUCAGAAGGGAAAAAGGUGGUGUGAGGAUAGCGCUUAGCGUCACUGCGAAGCUAUCCGUUGGACGGUGAGGGGCUGAAAUAAACCCCUGCGACCCGCUAUAACUCUAUUCUAAUCAAUUUAUAACCGCAACAACAAUAACUGCUGCUAGUUCUGUUUUAGGAUCUUUAUCAGCAGGGAUUUUUAUGGGAUCUUUUAAUUUUCAAGCUUUUUGGAAUAUGAUUGAAAUAAUGCAAAUCCAAAAUUAUUUGAUAUUUUUAUCCCCGGAAUACCCAGAUAAUCUUCUCUCGUAUUUAGAAGCGCUUGGUGCUGCAAAUGGGAAUUUUUUACCAAAUCCUUUCCAGCUUUACUUACUUCAAAUGAAUAAUAUAUAUAUUUUUGCUUAUUAUUAAUGAUAUAAUGGAUUUUAUAUGAAAUUACAAUAAAAAAGAUUGUUUUAAUGAAGCUGCUAUUGGGAUUAAGUUUAUGUCUGGGCUAUUUGAAAAAAUGAAAGAAUUUAACUAUAAAGAAUAUUUAUAAUAUAGGCUAUUUUUUUUCCUUGGAGAAGUUAGUAAAAAGUGAUCCAUUUUCAGAUCCUCCACAUAAAUUUGUAGAACAAAAUUUUAAUACUGAUUUUCUUAUGAACUCUGGUCAAUUUAUAUUAGCCUGAGCUAUUAUUUUGGCAGGACUUCCAAUUUCUUUGUUUUUAUAUAAGCUCUGUCCAAGAUUCUCAUUAAUUAAAAAAAUCAAAAAAUUAUAUUUUUUUUCAAUUUUACUCAGAAUAGGAAUUGAGUCUUUUCUCGAAAUCACUCUUUCAGCAUUUCUCCAAUUAAGAGAAUUUUCACAACCAAGCCAAGAUAUAGGGUAUCUCUCUUUAACUUUGAGUGUUUUAAUAAUAGUUUACCUUGCCUCAACCUUUGCGCUAAUAAUUUGGCAAGUUACUUUGAAAUCUAAAGAAACACUCAAUAUGAAGAUGCAUGAACAACAUUUUGGAACCUUAUAUGAAGGAUUUAAAAGAGAUUCUAGACUUAAAGUCUCUUUUCUUAUAUUUCAAAACUCCCGAAGAGUGCUAUUUGUUGUUUUCUGUGCAUUUUUAUAUGAUUAUGCAAUUAUACAAAUGGCACUUUCGCUCAUUUUAUCAUUUACAUAUAUAUGUGGAUAAACCUUAUUGCUUCCGAGAGAAAUAGUCUUACAUUUUUGAUGAUCUAAUAUAUCUUUUUAUUUUGUAAAAAAAAGGUCCACACGUGAAUUAGAACUCGACUUAUGGAAUUUAACUUUAACUUUAAUAGAAAUCUCUUUGUAUACAGUCCCCUUCAGUGAGGUCAAACUUAAUUAACAGCUCUGAAUAACGGUAGGUGGACCUUCCUAACCGUCAAACCGUUAAUGUUAAUAAGUCACUCCAGACUUCUCUGAUUAACUCCAGACUCAGCAUUGACCUUCACUUCACUCUAGACUCUCAAGAGGAUCGACCUCUGCCACAUAAGCUAGGGUAUAGGACCCUACUGCGGACCAGGUAUAAAGGACUUAUCUCUUAACUGCCAUUUUAAUAUUGUGUUAUGGAAUUAUCAAAUAUGCAGACUCCAUAUGCGAAAUUUUAUUUCAAAAAUUACCUAUGAACCCCUUUUUACAAAUUGGAAAUCUUAUAUCUUUUACUUUGGCAAAUUAUUGCUAAAGGAAUCUAUUACUAUUCAGAUGCUAUACAAGUUUCCUAAUUUUAUUAAGACCAUAUCAAAAUUUGUAUUUAGGAAAUGGCUUGCAUAUAUCUUGCGAACUUUUUUAUUUUAUUUCACAUUGCUUGAUGUUAAAAUUUUUAGAUGAUAAAAUAUCAGAUGAUUAUCGUACAAAUAUUGGCUGGGCUAUAAUAUCAUUAUUGAGUAUGUCCCUGCUGUUCCAUAUCAUAGCAAUACUUAUAGUUCAAGCCACAAAUUUAAUAAGAGGAAUAAAACAAUUUAAAGAAUGAUUCAUGAAAAAUUUUGCAAAUAAAUUUACAAAAGCCAGGAGAAGGAUUAUUUUAUCAAGUCAAAUAUAGUUUAUAUAAAAUUUUGCUUAAAAUGAUUUUAUGUGUGUUAUUUUUUAUGAGUUUGCAUGCUUAAAAAUAGAACGCAUAUUUGAAUUAGCGUUAAAUUUGGUUUUAAAAAAAUUGUAAUGUAGUAUAUCAUCCAAGCCUAAAGAGGAUGCUGAGGAGAUAACUGUUAAUAUGGCUUAUUUUGAAGGAAGAACGCCUGAAAACAUAAAUGACGAGAGAGUAUAUAGUCUUGGAAGCACAGAUAUCAAUACUAAAGGUCCUUUUUAUAUUAAUACUGAUUCGCAAUAA